AUGGAGAGUUUGCCUACAGUAAAGCUUGGAGGCGCGCUCCAAGGUGAGGGCGGCAAAGGUUCCGCCGAAGUUCAGAAGCUUGCGCACUGCUGCUUGGAGGCAAUCUAUCUCAGGGCAAGUGCGAACGUCAAGGGAACAGGCGGUGGGCUCUGUCUGAAAGAAACCAGGCCAAUCUCUGUGAAGUUGGCUGACACGCAGAAGCUU